AUGCCUUUUCGAAAUGUUACAAAAAUUCAAUUUGGAACAUGGUUUCAUCGUGACAACGGUCGUGUCGAUGAGCCAAUAGAUCGUAAUAAAAUACGUGAAAAAGUACUUGCUCAUCUCAUUUCAAUGACUCUACAACUGAAAUAUCUUCUAGUUGAACAAUUCGAAUGGCUCUUACAUGUUGUUCAAUACGCAUUUGAUGAAUUAAGAAGGAAUGCAUUAGAUACUGUUCUAUAUGCUGAAUUUUGUCUUCCGAGUUGUCAUUAUGGUUUUAACAAAGCAAAUCAUAUUGGUAAACGUCUUGUGCCUUUUCUUAGUAGAUAUAUGCCUCAUUUACAAACAUUACGUCUUUGGCGAUCAGAUGAUUUUCCUUGGACAUCUAGGAACUCAACAUGUAAAUGUCUUUCAACAAGAUCUUUCUCAAUUGGUCGAGAAAUUAAAAGAAUUUACCUUUAUCGAUAUUUAUGGGGAAAUUCAUUACGAAAAAGUUGA